UUUGUACUAAGUUUGAUCCCAGGAGUUUUCCUCUAUACCACAUCAACAAAUAUCAGCUUGAAGAGGAAGGGUAGUUAUGUGUUAGAGUCUGAUCCAGGAUUUUUCUUAAAGAAAUGUAUGCUAAGAGCUUCAGAGGAAUAUUCAUGCCAUUUGAAGGUGAAUUGGAUUCAGCAGGCAUAGCAAAAAACUCCAGACAGGCUUCUUUCUGAGUAGAAACCUCUCACUGUAAGGAUGAUGUUUUGAGUUUGUUUCCACCAUGCCUGCUGAAGAUGUUGGUCCAGGUCGGGGUGAAAGGAGAAGGUUGCCCUGGCUGUUUCUAGUGCUGGUGAUUGCUGCCAUCACCUCCUCUUCCCUGUCUGUGAUCUCCCUGUACCAUGUGCUGGCCCUGCAGGCUGAGGUGGAGGGUUUGAGAGCUGAGGUGGUCCGCAAGAGAGAGGAGCAAAGCGGGACACUAGAAGAACCCGUAAAGGGGGCAGAAAAACAAACCCAUCAGCAUGAAGAAGAAGAGAGCAAAGAGAGAAUUGAGCAAAAAUUACUUUUUAUUUAUUUACUUAUUUUGUCAGAGUUUGCUUUGGAAAUAUGCACAGCCAUCCCAUGGCAAGUCGGACUGAAGCGUGGCACAGCUCUGGAGGAAGAGCAGGGCACCAUUUUAGUCAAAGAGGAAGGAUUCUUCUUUAUCUAUAGUCAGGUUUACUACACAGACUCUACGUUCGCUAUGGGCCACAUCGUGAUUCGUAUAAAGAAGAACGUCGUCGGAGACGAGAGUCAGCACGUUGUUCUGUUCCGCUGUAUUCAGAGCAUGAAUCGAGUCAAUCACUUCAACACCUGCUACACUGGAGGCGUAGUGAAGUUGGACUCUGGGGACAGACUGGAGCUUCUGAUACCUCGAACCCAUGCAAAUAUCUCUCUGGAUGGGGAUUCCACCUUCUUAGGAGCAAUAAAACUGGCCUGACAAUGGAGAAAGACUUUGGAUCAGACACUGUAUGAGAUUAGAUAUGCUGUUAUACUUAUUCAUAAGGAUAAUUAUUGACAUUCCCUGGACUUCAUGAAUACAAGAGCUGCUUUAUGCUGUGGAGUAUUCUUAAAAAUGUCUUCAUUGAAUUACUUUGUAUCCAGUUACUUUGGUUCACACUUCAGUGGCAUUCCAUCAGACAUGCACAAAAUUGGCAUUAUUUACUAUAUUGAAGUUCCUCUAUGUCAUGAUUAUAAUGUCAGGAUUCAUCAUAAUGUUUUAUCAAAAUAUAGUUACAUGUAUGCUUUAGAAAUGUCUUCCCUCUUUGAAGGCCUCUUUGUUUUUCACAUCUCUAACCACCUGACUCGUUCAGGUGUGUA